CACAUGUCCCCCUGUCUUUUACUAACCACAGAUUCCACCAGAAAACUAGAUUCAAACCAAACCAAACCGAACAUGGUGAAGCUGGCGACGGCGCGUGAGUGUAGAAUGUACGGGCCGGGUCUGACCCGGAACAGAGCAGAGUACAUGAACGCCGGAGUUUACGUGUUUUCAACUAUUAUGUUGAUAUGUGGGUUCGUUUUGUUGCUGGCGAGGCAACCACAAGUGGGGCUUGUAAUGCUUUUGAUUGGGUUGACGUUGAUAGUAGCGGCGAAUGUACACGAUUUGAUCGCGCAUCUGGCCGGUAUCGAUUACCGGAUUGGGUUGAUGGAACUGGAUAUUCAGCUUCCACUUGUUGAGGUUGGUGUGCCGGUGGUUCAGGCUUUGGGUGGUGUUCUUUUCUUUUUGGGUAUUCUUUUCCUUCUCAUCCAGGGAGAGAAAGGAUACCAUCAUAGCAGGCUCGAGGCACAUGCGAUGAACAUGCUGAUCGCGGGUUCAGUGUUAUGGGUGGUUGGUUCGAUCUUAAAUUCAUGUCAGAUCUAUGAGAGAGCCGAUGGUCAUGUUCAAAUCCUGCAACAAAGUGUCCAAAUCCCGUUUCUAACGGGAAGCUUCUUAUUCAUGGUGGGUGCCAUCCUCAACAGCCGUGAGCAAGUCGGAUAUUUACGCCAUGGUCUGCAUCUAUUGAGAAGGACUUGGAUUUGGAUUGGUAUGUUUGCAAGUCUGUUGUUACUAAUAGGGGGUUUAGCAAAUGUGGUUAAAGUGUUCAAGAUGCUCCAAAUGGAUAGGCUAAGAUUGGAGAAAUUACGAGGUGGGGCCCAAGAGAGACUCGUCAGAGUACGCGAAGGGCAGACGCCGUUUCUUAGAGAAGAGCGAAGAAGGUGGCCGAGGCAAGUAGAAACCACCCCAGAACCGCCACCGGAACCAACUCCAUACAAGGAUGUUCUUGUUGGUAAAUCCUAAUUAUUGUUCCGUCUUACAUGAUAUGCAACCUUCUUGCAUGCCUCAUGAUGUUUUACAUACAUUUGGUAUUAUGGAUUAUUAGUCAUUUUACUUGAUAUGCAAGUUACCU